CCGUCCAUCAACGAAAACCGUCAUCACAUCUAAAAACGUCGUUGAGCGCAUGGGAUAUUUUCCAUCAUGCACACAAAAGUAACUUGAGGUGUCGCCAGGAGCCUCGCAAUUCUAACCGUCACAUUGCGUUCCUAUGCUAGCAAUACACUACACCGCUGAUGAACAUGCGCUGCUUUGUCUCGCCAUAUUUGCUGCUCCACACAGGCAGAUAUCGCAUCUGGGCCUGCAACAGCAACGCGGCUUCGAUCGUGUCCAAUCUGAACCGCAUAUCUCGACCUAACUCAAUACAUGUCAUCGGCCAUCCCUCACGGCACUCAUCAACAAAGGCGUCACUAAAAUCCGAUUCAACCUCCUCGACCGAUUUUUACUCCUAUACAAGCGGACGUUUCGUAUACAAUGAGCAAGCGCGACUCAAGGAACGAUAUGUCGAGUUCGACGUAGAUGAACUGUACGCCGCUGCUCAUCGAGCAAUUGGGCAAAAACAUGGCUCCGUCAAACAAAUGAUCAAGCUCGCCGAAGGAGGCUUCAACCGCGUCUUCCUCUUACAGAUGGAGGAUGGGUUUGAGAUCGUCGCGAAGAUUCCUUACCAUAUCGCUGCUCCCGCAUUUUACACUACGGCGAGCGAAGCUGCGACUUUGACCUACUUGAAAUCCAAGGGUAUUCCGGUCCCCGAGGUGUACGCGUAUUGCGCUCAAAAGGGCAACCCUGUCCGCAGCGAAUAUAUCCUGUUGGAAAAGGCAUCUGGUGUUUCUGCCAUCACUCGAUGGGCCGAGAUGACUGUGCUCGAGAUUAAGCGACUUGGCCAUAGCAUCGUGGAGCUGGAAAAGAGGCUCUUUGAGUUGCCAUUCGGGGCUUUCGGAAGCCUGUAUUUCAAGCAUGAUAUUCACCAAGCUCAGCAAGCUCCGCUCUAUGCAGACGACGAAAGCUCUGAUGACGAUAUGCAGAGGUUCUGCAUUGGGCCGAUCGCGGAUUAUAUGUUUUGGCAAGGGCGGAAGGCAUCACUCGAGCUCGAUCGCGGACCAUGGAGGAGUCCAGUGGAAUACCUGGAGGCCAUCGCGCGCAACGAGAUUCUCUGUACGCAGAAGUACGGUAAGCCCAUGGAGCCUGCGUUUCCACAUAAUGCUCUUGAGCUAGGUGUGCAGUAUCCAAGCGAUUACAUUCGAUGCCUCGAAGAUUAUACCUCUCUGGCGCCACAUCUCUUGCCACAGCCGCCCACGCACCCAUUUAAUCGACCUACCCUUCGGCAUCCAGAUCUCACACCUUCCAACAUCUUCAUCGACCCGGCAACUGGUCGGACCACUUGUUUGAUCGAUUGGCAGCAUAGUAUCAUCCAACCACAAAUUCUCGCGGCGGGAUACCCUCCAGCCUUUGAAAAUCCAGAUGAGGCGAUCCCGUCGAAUCUCGACGAGCCGAAACUACCAGAGGAGCUAAGCACAAUUUCCGAACAUGAGCAAUCGGAAGCAAGAGCCCUUCAUCGCCAGCGAUCUCUUUUCCAUAGCUAUCGUGUCCUCACCGGCGGCUUGAACAAACCACACCAUGCCGCGUUGAGAGACCGCAUGGGACGCCUCCUCCACCUACUCGUCGAUUUCGCAGGCCGUGAAUGGGAUGGCAACAACGUCACUCUCAGAGGCGCGAUUAUGCGCACGGUACAACACUGGCAUCUCUUGCCAGACACCGAGGGGAAGAUCUGCCCUGUCCAUUUCGACGAGGCUGAAGUAGAGAGAUUCAACACACUGGAGGAGCGUUGGGCUAUGAUGAAUGCGAUGCUAGAGGAAUACCGUCGUCGGAUCUGCGGGAUGAACGAAGAUGGUUGGGUACGCAAUGAGGACUCUGGACCGGCAAAGUCUGAGUUGAAGAAUCUCGAAGAAGAGAUCUUGGCGAUGUGUGACGGCGACGUCGAUGAUGAGAGGGCGUUCAGGACGGGCUGGCCGUUUCGCGAUCGGGACGGUGGCGAAUGAAGUACAUUAAUAACUCUUCUUACUGGGCUCAACUCCAUCGUUUUGUCUCCAUUUGGCGCUUUCCGCCCCGACUUUCUUUUACGCAUAAAAGCUUCAGGUCAAUUCUGCCCGUCAUUU